UAUCUCGCAUAAAUUCUUUCUCAUAUGUCGGUUGCUUUCACAUUGUAAAUGGUUAUAAAUUUUAUGCAGUUGUAAAUGAUUAAACAUGUGUUACGAAUACUUGUUGUGGUACACAAAACUUGUGUAAUAAUUGCACGCAUGCGUGAGGCAGCUUGUUUUACUUGUAGCCAAUCAGCAGACUCAGGACCCCCUGACAUUCAAGAUGGCACCAUGGCCUGAACAAGGCAACGAACCCAAGGCACCUGAUAAAUUGUGUAGCAAAAACGGCGACAGUAGUUUGUCAGACUCAGCUAAAGUUAACUCAGGAACAACGGAGGACCUUGAAGUGACUGCCACUGCAAAUAAAACCGACGAGAAGCAGGAACUGCUGCAGGAAGCUGAAGCAGAUGAAAGUGAGUGUGGGGAUGGUCAUAGGGGUGGGGCUGGGGCCAUUCCAGAGCAAGUAGUUCCAGUGAGCAGCUCCCGCUAUUAUAGUAAUAGCAACAGACGGCGCGGGCGUCGAGAUUCAGCAGUAUCAGAACGUCAGACUCGUGGAGGCUCUCUACAAAACCUAGUUCAUGCCUUUAACUCUGAGUUUGACACUUCAGGGUUUGGUUACUUCAGUCAGUCAAGUGGGCACUCUGGUGGUGUCGGUAGGAGGAAAUCAAAACGUAUUAACAGUGGGCGUGACUACAGUGUAAGUGUGAGUGCCCGACAGCGAGAAGGUGGUUCAUUGCCCAGUAAUGUAAAUGUGGGUGGGGCUGGAGGAGGAAUGCUCACAUUGAGUGGGCUUGAAUUCCCUCCCACUGCUCCUCUCUCUUCAGCAGCGACUGCUGCCCUACUUUUUGAUGACACUCGAGGCUUUGUAAGUAAGCAAAAUAAACAGCGAAGGGAACUGGGACAUACGUUGUCAGCGAAUGAAUUUACAACCGCAAUGCCAGUUCACUCUUCAACAAAUGUUUCUUAUCAAGCUGGAGGUGAGACUCCAAACAAUGUGUCAAAAGCUGAUUUCAUGGUUGUUGAUCUUAGGGACUUGAGUAAGAAUGUACAGGAGACAAAGACCAGUGGUGUGGUGGUGGGGGAGAGUGCGAUGGAGGGUGCGGGUGGCAUAGCGAGUCUAAGUGGCGGUGAGGGUGGGAAGUUGCUUGGUGGUGACUUAUGCAGUGAUGUUAUGGAUCAGGAAGUAGGCACUGAGUUGGAGGUGAUCCAGAGGAGCGAGGCAACUCGAGUUCCUAACUACACCAGUCGUGCCACAUUAGAGGUUGGCCUUGGUGACUGCAGUGCCAAGAAUAAGAAUGUGAUGGAUGGUGGGGAUGUUGACACCACUGUUGCAUUUCCACUGGGAAUCAUACAGUGUGAGAAGAGUGGUGGUGUAGUGAAUGGUGUGGAGCAGAGUCCCCUGCAACUUCCAUCUUCAUACAACUCAGUGAAGUGUAUUGUGGGAUCAACCAGUAACAGUAACCGUGAGGACAGGAGUAGCAGUGCCACCAAAGGGAGCGAUGUUGUCAUGAAGCAGCCCCCUGGUAGCAACAGUGGAGCAGAAGUAUCCAAGACUGCAGCAGCAGCAGGUAGUUUGCUGCACAGCAUGCCUCCCAAGCAGCAUGUGAGCUAUCUGUCAAUACCUCCUACCAGGUGGAUAGCAACUUCACUUGGCUCAGGUGAUGAUGAUAAGCAAGUGGAGAACAAAAAGCACCAUGGCGGGAGGAAGCAGCUCGAUGGAGGUAGUAGUGUGAUUGAAACCCAAGACAACCAUAUGUAUGGGAGUGUCCCGUUAACACAUUGGAGGAAUUUUUGUGGGUUUACAUUUAUGGACCUUAGUGAAACAGUAAGCAGAUUAACGUUCCAUGGGAGCAAAGAUGCGACUGGGGAUGGAAAGAACAAGUCCUUUGAUGAAAAUGGCAAUGCUGUCCAGCAGAAUUAUCGCUUGGAAUCUGCCAACAGUAAUGAUCGCAAGAGCAAGUCUCGCAGGAUGAAGGCAAACAACGAUCACAAUGUAAUCAUGUCUCAAAACAUUGAAGGUUUUCGUGGUGAUAAGGACAUCGAGUUUUUGAUCAAGUUUAUUGAGUCAAACACAGAGGGCAAGGGAAAAACGAAGAACAACUCUGCCCAUAGCAAUGGGCCAGUAGGCUUUGGCAACAAACAACCGCGAAAUAAUAUACGAAGAGAAGAUGUGGUUACUGGGACAAAGGCUCGGCGAGAGAGAGCUGUUGAAGAUGGGCAUGAUGAAGAGAAGGCAUCUGGUAGGAAUAGGGUUGGGAGCAAACAGAGUUCCAAAGAUCAUAGGGGGAGUGAUAAAAUUGGUAGUGGUGGACAGCUGAAGAAAUCAAAUAGUUUAGAGGAAAUCUCCAAAACAAAGUUGGAGGACUUAACAGCAGAACAAAGUGGCACAGACUCAACAUGUAAUUCUCUGUCUUUCUCAACUCAAAUAUCACUGCGACGACCAAAGAAACAGGCAACACUAGAUGACGAAAUGUACAGUGAGAAAGACCAUGUGGUUAAUCAUAGGUUAUGGGGUACAGGAGAAAUGCAGCAUUAUUACUACAAUGAUGGGUCAGCCACAUUAUCAUCUGAUGAGUGCAGCACAGUGGCUACUAGUGGUCGGAAGCGACGGGGAAUUGGGGAUGAGAAGAAGAAAACUGAAGAUGGAGUACCAGCUGUUGUGGUCUCUACUACUGCAUCUGAAGAAACAGAGUUCCAUGUUGUGACAAAAAAGCAGAGGCGUAAGAAGAGGCGUAGUAGUAGUGGCAGUCGUGCUGGUAGCAGUUCUGGUGUACAUGGAGGUCUUUUUGGUGAUGAGAAUAGGCGCCCAGCUGUGUCACAAUAUGGACACUCUUAUUACCAAAGCAGAGCAGAUUGUAGUUCUUACUACCAACGCAAGGGCUUCCCACCUGGAAGUGGUUUUCCCCCACAUGACCGUACAGUAGAACGUGAAGGGGGUGGAGUUAUGCUAUAUCAGUAUCGGCAUCAUCAUCGUCCAAGGUCACCUGAGCAUAUUCGCCGCAAGUCAACAUCCAGCAUGCCCCCAUCUGACAAGUCAGACAGCAGUGAUCUCGAUAGUGUGCACUCCCUUCCUGUGUCUUCUACAACUCCUAAACUAACCCUGGAUCAAAUGUCCACAUCUAGUGGAUCAACACCGCAAGCUUCAUAUGCUGACAUCACUCGUAUGGCAUCUUCAAAUGUGAGUUCUUCUUCCAGCACACAGGGCAGCUGCAAUAUGAAUGCAGGAAAAUGGCCCAUAGUGUCUGCAACUAAGAGUCAAGCAAUUACUUCACCAGCCAUUACAACCUCUACCUCUACCACUACAACCACAACCAUAUCCUCCACACCCAUUUCUUCUACUAAUGCUACGCCCACUAGUACUGUCAUCACUUCCAGUACCACCUCAUUCCCUGCAGUAGCUACACCUCUUGCCCUGAACAAUCCACAGUUCAUAACUGGGCCAAAACUCAACAUUGGAGUUCCUCCUGUUUGUGGAUCCAAGGCAACUACAUCCACCCCUGCCAAUCCUACAAAUAGUACAUGUAUUAAUAGCAAUAAUACUAUACCCCAGUCUACAUCUCCAGCUUCAGUUACCACAGGUGAUGCAUCAUCAUUGACUCUAAAUCAGAACCCUGAGACUUCGUAUGAUCCUGCAUUAUCUUCCAGGCAUCGAAACACUCCCUCUCCUGAUCCCCGCUCCAAAAGAGAUGCAACUACCAGCACAACCUUGGACUAUAAACUGAUUCCUCUUGAAGAACAUAACUCAGGUCACAAACUACAAACUCCAGUAAAUAAGCCUGCUGAGCAUCAGUUGUCUUCACCAAAUGUGAUCAUGGACAGCUAUUAUCCUUCAUUGGAGGAGAGUUUUGUUGCAGACAAAGUGGACCGUAAGCCAGGCAGGUGUAAUAAUUCUUGUCAAAACAGUACUUCCAGCAGGUUGCCUGCAGAAGAAAACCCCCCCUCUGCUGUACCCCCUUCUAAUGUCAGUGCUUCAAAUCUUGAGAACUGUGGUAAGGGAUCCAGACACCAAGAUAUCUGUGGUGAAAUAGGAUUGAAGCAGCAACAUGUAGAAACAGCUGUGAUAGUUCCAAUGAGCAGCUCAUGCUGUGCUAGGGAACCAGUUGCACCAGAAGUGUCUGUUGCUAGUGCUGCUACUGUGAUGGCUUCAAACAACCAAUCAAAGGAGGUGAUGCUUAGGUCCAAAAGUUGUAGGAAAGUUUCUGGUGCUGGCAGCAUUGUUGUUGCAACAUCUUCAGUUCGUCCGCCAGUCAUCAUAAUGGAUGAACAGGAGCAGGAAGCUGCUUUCAGGGAAAAUGUAGGAACAGUUAGUGGAUUGACUUUUGGGUUUGAAGUGAAUGAACAACUUCUAAUGUCGGAUGGUGAUGAUAACUCCCGCUCUCCCAGUGCUGAACCACCCAGCACUGUGGAGGAAGCAGUGGUCAACACUAGCCCGACAAGUGGAUGCAUAGCAUCAGACAUGCCACUUCCAGAUACUAUGACUGCAGCACCCAACAUGACCAGUAAUGCUGGUGAAGAUUUCUCUGCCCGGUAUCGUGAACCGGUUUCACAGCAGGCUGACAACCAUGAUCUGAUUGUCACAUUUGUUGGUCUUGCCUGGGAUGAUGUGCUGAAGGAGAUGAGUGCUGCUCCAUUGCAAGCAGGUGGCAAAGUUCAGUACUACAAUGGGCAGUGAAAAUGGUUAUGAUGGUUACUGUCUUACUCUUCCUUUUGGCAUUUUGCAGAUUUUUAAGUUCUUCAAAGUGGGGGAGCAGUGCUUCAAAUGUGAUUUGCAUUUAUAUUUUGUGAGUAGUAAGCUUCGAAAAUUUAAAAGGAAUAGUUCACAUUACAUGGUGGGGUAAUGCAUAGUGAUAACUAUUGUUUUAUCUUUUCCGAGUGGUUUAAAUAUAUCAACAUACGUGUGAAAGAAAAAUAUGGAACAGUAAAAAGGUGUAAACACAUGGUUAUGGAAAGUGAACCAUUGUCACUUAUAAAUGUAACCAAAGGCAUCAUAAACCUUGUGAACAGUGUGAUGAGAUUGGUUCUUGCUUUGAAAACUCUUAUUUUGUAAAGUAAUAGUGGUGCAAGCAGGUAAUGUUUUUCGAGAUUUUAUGCUUGACAAUAAUAUGGAAGUAAGCUUAAACUGUGGCAGGGGGUUGUUGGAUCGUAAACUGCGCAUGAUGUUGGUCUGUAGUGUGAUAUGACAUCAGCAGUGCGUGUGUUGGUUGUUAACAUUUAUGGUACUGUUCCUUGUUUCAUCUGGUCUUGUUUCUGAAUGAAGUGAUGAUAAUUCUCGAUCUCGAGGGGGGAAGUCGCCAUGGUAUAUUAAGUGUAAUAAUUGUUGACGUCUGUUAGGGAAAUGUGUUAUAUGGUUUUGUUUCUGAAGAUUUAAUUGGAAGAAAUUAAUUUCUUCUGUAGCAGGGUAAUGAAUGUGUAUGUUGUAGAGGAAAGCACCAUGGAACACCAAAGUAUGAACAAGGGAGCCCCCCUUCCCUAUCAUUUGAAUCACAUCACCACCAUUUGUGCAUCUACAUACAGAAAAUGGUAAAGCAAGAACUCAAGCCUAAUUUUAAGGUGACAACUUUUAUUUCAUAAAAAGAAAGUUGCUUACUUGCAUCGUUUAUUUUCUUUGCUGGAAAUGAAAUUUGACUUGGACAUUUUUAAGCAAGUCAGUUUAUGGAAUUAACUGCUUAAAAAGUGGUAUAAAUCUGGUUAAAAACUACUGACAUAAUAAUAAAAAAAAUCAGCCCUUCCCACACCAAAAAAUGCAACUGAGUUGUAUCUGGCGACAUUUCUUGUGGUAUAGUGCGUGCAUCUGCUUCCCCAUAUAUUGAUGCAGUAUCCAUUUAUAUAUAGUUCAUUUCAGUGGCUGGAAACUUUACAAUCAUCUCCUAUUUCCCUACUAUCUCAGCGAAAUUAACUUUUUUUCCUCACUUCUGCAAUCUACCACAAUAAAUGUUUAUUGAAGGCUUCAGUAGUUGCAGUUCUGAAUCAAGUAUUUGAAGCUAUGCCAUCAUGAUCAUUGUACAGCUUUGCCUGAAAGUAAUUACUAGAAUUUUUGUUUAAUAUUUUGUGAAGUCGUGUUGUGUCAACACUGGCUGCUCUUAUAUACUUGAUGCUAUUUCAAGUUUAGAAUGCAGUCAUGAGGAAUUAACAUGAAGUAAGCAACUGAAGUAAUAAUGAGAAGUAGAUAUUGAAUCUUUUGAGAUUGUGGUUUGAAAGUUGUGUGUCCUUAUCCACCUGAUUGUUCAUUAAGUGUUAUUCUCUUUUGAAUUGUCCUUUAUAUUUUUUUCUUUUGUCUUCAGUGUGUUUGCUAAGUCAUAUCUAAAUGAUAAGUUGCUGAAGGAGUAAACUUAAUAAAAAGAUGCAGAAAGAUGUUUGGAUGAAAAUAAUGGAGAAAUAUUUUUUUUGCACUGAUAACAGAAAAAACAAUUGUGAGGAUGGUUAUAAAUGGUAUAUACAGUCAUUUUCUUGAAGUUGUAAUUUGUUAACCAGUUUGUCAACAAGAUAUUUACAAAUGAACUUCUCCUGUUUUAAAAUAACAAAAAAAAAAUCCUAACAAAUUGGCACACACUGCAUUUAUUUGUUGCAUAAUUGAUUUCCUGUGCAUAAAAAGUGAUAUUUGUUGUAGAAUUAUGUAAUAAUGUAGUCUUGAUCUAGUGCUCAACUUCUGUCACAUGUAUGUUGAAUUUUUGGUUUUCAUGAUUUACAGAGACAUAUUAAAAUAAGUCAUGUUCCUUAUAAAGUUUGUUUUGUUGGAAAUAGACACGUGAGUGACUGUUAUGAUGCAACAGACAAACUUUUUUUAAUGUCUUUGUAACUCACUUUAUUUGUACCAAUUCUAUUAAUACUUUAGCCAAAAGAUACAUGAUUUUUCUCUUGGUAUGAGUAGAUAUCAAGGGAGAAUGGAGAGAGAUUGCUGUGCGUGUGCACACGUGCACAUGCAUGUGAUUUGUUAUGGAUAUUGUUUAUUACAGUUUUCAUUACAUUGUAGUGACAAUUCAUUGUCCAUGUGACAGCUCUGUUUGGAUCCUGUCAAGACUGCAUUUUAUUUGCCUUUUUAUGAAGGUUUUGCCCAUAUACAAAUUGUUAAUGCAAUGGAAUCUUUUUCCAAUAAUAAUGGAUGAGAAACUGGUAUAUACCCCAUUUGGAAUCAAACCUAUAAUAAAAAAACUGAUGUCACCGGUUAAUGUUCAAUUUUAUUUACCUAUGCAGUAAUUUAAUUGGUAUUACUUCUGCAGGCAGUAGAGUAUCAGUACUUAGACAAAGCAAGUGGGGGGGGGGAGUUUCUUUUCCAUGUUUUUCCUAUUCUAAUAAUUCAGAGCUGACUGACUCCUUAGUAUUGUAUCUUUAUUGAGCAGUUGUAAGUUACUCAGCCAGUCAAGAUUCUUUGCAGAACCAGAACCCUGUUAUUGGCUCCUAUUCUGAACCAUUUCAUAAAUCUUCCUUGGUGGAUUAAUACUGAAGAAUAAUAAAGGUAAAUGUUUUCAUGUG